AUGCGUCGUAGCCUACUGAUCUUUCUCCUCAUCGCCAUCAUCAUCCUCACCUUCCUCCUCCAUUCCGUUUCCACUUUAAUCUCUCUCCUCUUCGAGGACGCGUCCGCCGAUGCCAUCCACCGCUCAGAACUUCCCGCUCCGAAUACCACCCUUCUCGAGGGCCGCCCGCAAUUAAUCCCCAAGAUUCUACACCAAACAUACAAGAAUGAGUCCAUCCCCGAGCGUUGGCAGGCAGCCCAGCAGUCGUGUCUGGACCUCCACCCAGACUAUGAAUACAUGAUGUGGACCGAUGCGAAAUCGGCGGACUUUAUUGAGAAGGAAUAUCCCUGGUUCCUCCCAACUUUUGUCGGGUACAAACACCCCAUUCAGCGCGCCGACGCCAUACGGUAUUUUGUCCUCUCGCACUAUGGAGGAAUCUACCUCGACCUUGACGACGGGUGCAAGCGUCGCCUAGAUCCUUUACUUUCCUACAACGCCUGGGUGCGCCGCACCGUGCCCACCGGUAUCAGCAACGACGCCAUGGCCGCCAUUCCACAGCAUCCAUUCUUCCUCCGGGUCACCAAGUCUUUGCAAGGCGCCAACCGCUCAUGGGUUUUGCCGUACAUCACCAUCAUGGCGUCGACGGGACCGCUGUUCUUGUCCGUAAUCUGGAAGAAGUGGAUUAGCGAACACUCAAACCUGGAACAGGAGGACUGGAUCGGACGGGUCCGCGUCCUCAUGCCGGACGAGUACAACAAACACUCCUGGAGUUUCUUCGAGACUUACAAGGGAGACAGCUGGCACGGCGACGACGCCAAGUUGAUCUUCUGGAUGGGCAAGAAUUGGCUCCUGCUGGUUGUGGUUGGUACUAUCAUCGGCUUGACACUGAUCUUCCUGGUGUGGACUGUGUACUCGCGUGUGUUGAAUCUCUCCUCCCGCAAACAUGGCUCCGCCGGCAGUAGUCCCCGUGUCAGUGCCUACCGAGUCCCAGCUUCCUCUAGAGUGCCCCUGUGGAUGCGGUGGCCUGGUGGACUCAAGAAGAAACAGAGCUACGAACUGGUCGAGCAGCAUGACGCUUAA